UAAUUCAUUGGAGGAAAAGCACUCCAUAGUGAAUGAGUUCCUCAGGUGGUACAUUGAAAGGAAUCACAGUGCAAUCGAAAGAUUCAAGAAUGGACUUGCUACUUUGCAGUUUUUAACAGCCCUGCAGCAAUUUCCUAUGGCGCUGACUCCUGUCUUGUGCCAUUCUGAGAAAAAGUUUUCUGCUGUGAAAAUCGAACAUCUCUUCCGACCAGAGCUUAGUCCAGAUGGCAGCAACCGGAGAGCCCAGGAGAACAAGACAACAAGUUACUGGGCCGACUACCUCCUUGACUGUGAAGAACAUAACAGUGAGGUGACCCUGGAGGAUGUCCUUAUGUUUGCCACAGGUGUGCCAUCUAUUCCUCCUGCUGGUAUGGACCCUCAGCCAUGUCUUGAAUAUAUUUACACCUCAAACUUCCCUAUGGCAAAUACAUGUGCCAACACUUUAAAGCUGCCCCUCUUGGACAGCUACAUUACAUUCAAGCACAGUAUGAACUUUGGGAUUAAGAAUUCCCCUGGCUUUGGAUGCCUUUAGUCAGCAUGCAGCUGUUGAUAUUUUGGGCCAGAUCUGUAAAAGUUUUGAAUUCUAGU